GCUGCCGUUGUUCCUGGGAUGAAGCCGUUGUAACUGUGGACUGCAAUCGAUUUCUCUUUAGACUGAAUGAAACAAUAUUAGUGAUCAGAAGUGGGCAGAUUCUUGUUAUAGCUAUAUUUUUCGCUAUGGGACUCAAGCUGCAUAUUGUCGUUUGCUUCUUUAUGUGGCACACCGUGUAUGGAGACGUGAGCUAUUCCGUACAGGAGGAAAUGAAGCGCGGAUCUCUCAUUGGAAAUAUCGCAAAGGAUCUCAGCCUGGACUCGAAAAAGCUGUCUGCUAGAAACGCCCGCGUUGAUGCAGCAGGGAAACGUAAACGCUUUUGCGACAUCAAUCUAAGUACUGGAGAUUUGUUUGUUGCUGAAAGGAUUGACCGGGAGGAGCUUUGUGGCGAAAAGCUGUCAUGUGUUAUAAAACGCGACCUUGUGCUGGAGAACCCCCUGGAAUUACAUCCAUUUACUCUGCACAUUCAAGAUAUCAACGACAACUCCCCACAAUUUAAGGAAGAAGCGUUCAGCAUUGAAAUUCGUGAGUCUGCAGACAGAGGAGCUCGUUUUGUGAUAGAGGAGGCGCACGAUGCGGAUGUAGGACAAAAUGCAGUUCAGCAGUACAGCCUUCAGAAGAAUGAUAAUUUCAUUUUAGCUGCUAAUGGAAACACUAUCGAGCUUGUUCUAGAUAAAGAGCUUGAUCGAGAGAAACAAAAAGAGCUCAAUUUGCUCCUCACAGCUUUAGAUGGAGGCUCUCCUCAGAGAUCAGGUACAGUAGUCAUACACGUCACUGUACUGGAUGCUAAUGAUAACGCCCCAGUGUUCAGUCAGGCCGUUUAUAAAGCCAGUCUGCCUGAAAACUCUCCUCUAGAGACUGUAGUGGUCGCUGUGAGUGCAACUGAUGCAGACGAGGGAGUCAAUGGAGAUGUUACAUAUGAAUUUGGACAUGUUACUGAAGAUGUGAAGAAGCUAUUUAGUAUUGAUCGUAAACUCGGUGUCAUAAAAGUAAUUGGCGCUGUUGACUAUGAAGAUGUUCCGACAUAUGAGUUGCGGGUUAGAGCAAGGGAUGGUUUAGGGUUAUCUUCAUACACAAAGGUAACCAUUGAUAUCACCGAUGUCAAUGACAACAUACCAGUAAUUUAUGUGAAAUCUCUGGCAAAUCCAGUGCCUGAGAAUGUAUCACCUGGUACAGAGGUGGGCAUCAUCAACGUGCAGGAUGCAGAUUCUGAUAACAACCAACAGGUCCGCUGCUCCAUUCAGCAAAAUGUCCCUUUUAAGUUGGUUCCUUCUAUUAAAAACUAUUAUUCUCUGGUGAGCACAGGACAGCUGGACCGUGAACUAGUGUCUGAUUACAACAUUACAAUCAGUGCCACUGACGAGGGCUCUCCACCUCUGUCCUCCUCUAAAAGUGUUCAGUUAUCUGUAGCAGACAUCAACGACAACCCACCUGUGUUUGAGGAACAGUCGUACAGCGCAUAUGUGAGUGAAAAUAACAAACCUGGCUCCACUUUAUGUUCCGUUAGUGCUCGAGACCCCGACUGGAGACAGAACGGUACAGUGAUUUAUUCUCUGUUAGGCGGUGAGGUGAACGGUGCCCCGGUGUCCUCGUAUGUGUCUGUGAACGGAGACACGGGGGUGAUCCACGCUGUGAGGUCGUUUGACUAUGAACAGUUCAGGAGCUUCAAAGUGCACGUGAUGGCCAGAGACAACGGCUCUCCUCCGCUCAGCAGCAACGUGACCGUGAGUGUGUUCAUAUCGGAUGUGAAUGACAACUCUCCUCAGAUCCUGUACCCCGGGCCGGAGGGCAACUCGUUCAUGACCGAGCUGGUCCCCAAAGCUGCACACGGAGGCUCUCUGGUGUCCAAAGUGAUAGCGGUGGACGCGGACUCCGGACAGAACGCCUGGCUGUCGUAUCAUAUAGUGAAAUCCACUGAUCCGGGCCUUUUCACUAUUGGUGUCCACAGCGGAGAGAUCAGGACCCAACGGGACAUUUCUGAAUCUGACAGCAUGAAACAGAACCUCAUUGUGUCAGUGAAAGAUAACGGACAGCCCUCUCUGUCUGCCACCUGUUCCAUGUAUUUACUGAUUUCUGAUAACUUGGCUGAAGUGCCAGAACUGAAGGACAUUUCUUAUGAUGAGAAGAACUCCAAACUGACUUCUUAUCUGAUCAUCGCGCUGGUGUGUGUGUCUACGUUUUUCCUGACCUUCAUCAUCAUCAUCAUGGGUGUGAGGUUUUGUCGCAGGAGAAAGCCCAGACUGUUGUUUGAUGGAGCAGUGGCCAUCCCCAGUGCUUAUCUCCCUCCUAAUUACGCAGAUGUUGACGGCACAGGAACUUUACGCAGCGCUUACAAUUAUGACGCCUACCUGACAACAGGGUCUCGAACCAGUGACUUUAAGUUUGUGUCAUCUUACAAUGACAACACACUGCCUGCCGACCAGACUCUGAGGAAAAGCCCAUCAGACUUUGCUGAAGUGUUUGGAGACUGUGAUGACUCUCCCGAGGUAGGAAGAUCUGCCAAACACAGUUAGGCUUCCUCUUUGUUUGCAAUCCAUGCAGUUUCAAACAAAAGAAAAUGUGCUUGCCUUUAGGAUAAAGUGGUCAAGAUUCUUGGAAUUAUGUGUUUCUUUGAUAGAUUCGAGUCAAGCUUUAAAUUUCAUGGGUUGUUUUAUUUCAGCUGUCCUCUCAAACUAAUGUGAUACUGUGUAGUCUAGCCGGUGAAUUACACACAUACUCAAUCAUUGUUGUCCUUCAGGUUUCAGAAUAGUUCAUUAUUUUCUCAAGUUAUAAGAAUAUCUGAGGCUGGAAUCUGCUCUCCAAUUAUUAUUUUUUGGUGGGUUCGCUAAUUAAAAGUUACUUUAAUAGGUGCAGUUUUCCCUGUUUGUGGUUGUAUUUCUUUCAGUUUUGUCUGCACUGGAUGAAUCUAGAUUUUUUUAUUGUCUCUGUCCUUGGUGCUGAAUCUCCCUUUUGCUCUCUGCAUGCUUCUUUGUGGUAAACAUUACAUCUAUUCUGUUGUAUUCUAAAUCAAGGAUUAUUAUAGGUCUGUGAAGUGUUCGCAUAACUUCAGACCAGGAAGACCAGUACAUCAGACUUUGCUGAAAUACAUGAAAACUCUGAAAGCUUUCUUUAGAAAGGGAAAUAUUUCAUAUCUUGACAACCCCUUCUUUGUUUUGUUUAGACAGGGUCCUGAUUUCUGAUUAAUUUCUGUCGUGCUGGUAGUGUUCAGUAUAGUUUAACAUAGUCCAGGCUUUAGGUAAGUCAUGAUGGUUGCUGAAAUGCAUAUACUUCAGUUUUUCUUUAUACGUUUUUUCUAUUGUUAAUGAUAAUCUUAGUUUAAGUUGAAUUGUACAGCUUAGACACAACAGACUUAAAAUAGAAACGUUGUGUCAUCUAAAACAUAACAAUCUACUGGACCUUUUGUUAAAACAAGUUUUGCAGUGCUUCAUAAGAACAUCAUGCCUCCCCUCUGUAUGUAUCACACACAGACAUGACCUUUGUG